GCCGACAUUUGUGACCCUGCCUCUUCCAGGGGGAUUACCUGGCGUGGUUAAGCGUUUGGCGUCAUCUGGAAAAUAGGGCUCAAGCCAAUCAGCGGGAACUUUGCUGUUCUGGACGGCCGUUCAUUGGUUGAUAACGCAAAGCCUGUUUUGUUGUCCGUAUUGGCUGUUGUCGCUGUCAGUCAGGGCCAUGGGUCGAACCUUACCCCACUCUUUGUCUGUGCAAGCUCUUGUUGUCUGGAGAGUGGCGGAGGCGCUGCUGUAGAUUGGUCACAGGGAGAAGCCUGUGAGCUUUCCUAUUGGCCCAUCUGUCGGAGGGUGAUGUGGAUUGGUAGGACGGAACAACCUGGGUGCUAGUUGGCAGAGCUCUCGCUGGAUGGAAGGUCCGGUCGCGGAGUGAUGGUGGAGGCAGCGGAGAUGGGCCGGGCAGGGACCAUGGCGGUGGCGGCAGAGGUGGCAGGGGCGGGGUGGCUGGCGGUAGAGGAGACUGUGGCCUUCAGGGGGCUGUAGGCGGAGGCAUGGCUCGGGCCAGCGGCGGGAACGGCAGCGAGGAGGACUGGGGGGCACUUCGGGUGCCGCAACAGCAGCUUCGAGAGCUGUGCCCAGGAGUGAACAACCAGCCUUACCUCUGUGAGAGUGGUCACUGCUGCGGGGAGACUGGCUGCUGCACCUACUACUAUGAGCUCUGGUGGUUCUGGCUGCUCUGGACUGUCCUCAUUCUCUUUAGCUGCUGUUGCGCCUUCCGCCAUCGACGAGCUAAACUCCGGCUGCAGCAACAGCAGCGGCAGCGUGAGAUCAACUUGUUGGCCUACCACGGGGCAUGCCAUGGGGCUGGCCCUGUCCCUCCCGGUUCACUGCUUGAUCUUCGCCUCCUCAGCACCUUCAAACCCCCAGCCUAUGAGGAUGUGGUUCACCGCCCAGGCACACCGCCGCCUCCUUACACUGCAGCCUCAGGCUGCCCCUCGACUGCUUCCAGUGAAUGCACCUGCUGCUCCUCUGCUUCUAGCUGCCCUGCCCACCAAGAGGGAACAAAUGUGGAAGAUGUUUCCUCCCACCAGAGUGACCCUCCUCAUCAGGAGGGUGAGCCUGGGGCAGGGGUGAGCCCUGCCCCCACACCACCCUUCUGCCGCUAUCGCCGCCUGACUGGGGACUCAGGUAUUGAGCUCUGCCCUUGUCCUGACUCCAGUGAGGGGGAGCCAGUCAAGGAGGCUAGGGCUAGUGCCACCCCACCAGAUGUGGAGGACCAGUCCCCUGUGCACGGCCCCUAAAUCCUGUACCCCAGGUCUCUCCUGUGGGGCUGGCUUCCAAUGAAGGGGACAUCCCAUAAGCAAUUUGGGGAGGGUGGGUGGCUUACUUGCCCACCAGAAACAGCCCUGCUCCCAACUCCCUGAGUUCUCCUCGGCCUCUCCCUGCCCUCCUAGAAUCGGUCUGAAAGGGCUGGAGUCCUGAGAAGGGCUGUGUUUGGGGGACUGUGCUAGCUCUAUCUGCUAAGACAUACACAGGAGCCUUUGAUCUCAUUAAAGAGAUGUGAACCA